ACCCUAAGGCACAAAACCCUAUUUUCAGGUUUAUCCUAUUAAUCAAUGAUAUUACGAAUAUAUUCAUAUUCUGUUCGAUUUUUCGAAGUUUAUUUUUAAUUUUCCAACAUAUAAUUUUUGUCGAAUUUUCUUUUAAUUAUUACAUUUGUUUCCAAGUUUAACUGUUAUUUUGGUAUUCAAUUUGCAUGAUCAACUCUAUUCUGAAUUGAUAAAAUCGGCAGUGUCGGGAAUGUCGUAUUAGUAGUAGUAGUUCUGUCGAAAAAGAAUUAUAUUUUUCUCCAGUAGUUUUUACGUUUCGUGUUUCGUAAGACUUCUAUGUUUUCUAUAAGUCACCCGUACUUCUAUUUCGACCAGCAAAUUCUCAGAUUUUAAAUAAACAAUAACACUUGUAUAAUUCCUUUUUGCGUAAAUUUACAAGUGAAAUACAAUUCCUUGAAUUUCAAUCGCAAUAGUUGGAAUUAAAGACUUAAAACCAGGUUCACUUUGUACGAAAAUAUCAUACAUUGAUAGCCUAUAUUUCAUAAUAGUUAUUAUUAUUAUUAUUAUUAAUAUACAAUAUCAGUUAUUAGAAUUCUGUUUAUUGUAACAAAUAAGGAUUGAAGACUUUGUAGAUUCCUACAUAUCUGUUUUUUUUUUUAUAUUUACAAGUUUUGUAGAAACAUGAAUAUUGGUAUAACGAAAGUGGUAUAAAAUUUUUGAGAUUUGCUAUGAAUUUUUUUGCAUGUACGUGAUACAUACAUGCACAUGUUUGGUAGCAUUUAUUAAUUGUUACUUUCAACAUAAAUUUAUAUUUCUCUGUUAAUAUAAUUUUAUCGGAUGAUAUCUCUCUAUAUAAGAGACACCAAACGCUACUUAAUACAUAUUGCAUAGAAAUAUAUACCUAUUAACUUUUCGUUUCAGCAAAACUUCUUAGACUAGUAGCAUGAAUUUUCAUUUACCUAGGAAAAUCUAUAUCGUUAUCUUAACUUAAAUGAAGAUAUUCAUAAAUUCGCAUAGCUAAUUAGACAUUUAAAUUGUUGAAUUGCACAUGAUCGUUAGCAUUUGACAUUUACAUUAUAAUUGUUAGAUUAAUCAUCAUCUUUAUGUUAUUGUAGGUUAUUAUUCAAUAAUUCAAUUAUUAUGUAAUGUAGUUAUUAAUUAUUCAGAACUACUCGAUAGUAUUAAUUUUGUUAGCAUGGUAGUUUGAAUUAAUUUCACUGUGGUAUAUUUUUAAAAGAAAUUAAAAAGUGCAUAAGUUGGAAUGUGAAUUCGUGUUUUCACCCGGUGACCUCAUUUUUAGAAACGUGAAACAAACAAAUUUUUACAUAAAUGCAAAUAGCAAGUGUAUUCUAUUGUGCACUGGAUUCUUACUAGCUAUACUAUAUAUUUUAAAUUAUUUUAUCUAGCUAUACUAUAUAUUAUUUUAAAUUAUUACUUGUAUCAUUACGUUACAUUUACGUAUGUAAUUUGAAAUCGUCUGCUGUAGUCACAGAAUUAUUUAUAAAAAUCAAUAAUAGCGAGUAUCGCAAUAUAUUUAUAAUCGCAAAUAAUUUCAUACAAUAGACAGGUUGACAGAAAAAAAUUUUUAAAAUAUGAUAACUCUGUGUAAUCGGAGAAAAUAUAAUCAACAAUUGUGUUCGUGCAUUCUUCCAAUACCUGAGAGUUUCUGCCGAAUUCCUAUUUAAAUUUCAUUAAAUUCUUUUAGCAAUGGAUGGUUAGAAAUGGAAUAUUAAAGAAUAUUUUAGAGAAGUGGAAGUUAUUUUACAAGAGUAAUUUACAGAAGUAGAGUGAUUAAAUAUUUCUUAUAUAAGAUAUUAAGGACAAUGUUGUAAUAUUUCUUUAAUAUUUUGUUGUAUUGCAGCAUUUAGUUUUGUGAGGUUUUCAAUUUUUUUUUUAUCGAUAAAUAUUAAAAUACUAUUAUAAAUGAAAUUAUAAUAUUCUUUAAAUGCGAUUAUACUCGAAUAAUUCCGGUAUGAAUUCAGUUCAGUUUAAGAUUUCUAUAUAUAAAUAAAAUUGAUAGGAAAAUAAUUGUCCUUAUUUUAUUUAAAUUGUCCAUUAAUAUACAUUGGUAAUAUAUUGAUAGGAUCCUACUUCUGUCACGAUGAACCAAAUUUUCAAAUAUUUAAAAUUAAUGACAUUAAGGACAGUUAUGUUAUUUUCGCACGAAACUAAUACAUUAGGUUUAUUGUUUCCGAGAAAAAAAUUGGCAACAAUGCGUUGCAGGCUGCGAAUGUGCACCAAAUUAUCUUAGAAAUGAUCAACAAGAAUGUGUACUACAAAGAAAUUGUUAAUUUUUUUUGAGGCAACUAUUUCUCGUGGAAGGGCUAUAAAAGGACUAUUAUUCUAGGACUGCUUUACUAUUUUUUUUUUUUCACGAAAAAUUCCGACGCGAUGAAUUAAACUCUACCUAGUUUCCUUAUAUAUCUUAUAUAUUGUAAAAAUGAAAUAAAAAUAAUUGAACUUUACAUGCAAAUUAAUUCUGUUUACUCGUCUUUCUCCAUAGUAAAAUUUUCAUUUAAAAUGAUGUAGUGGGUUGUAGAAUGAUGCAGUGCACUAUAUCUGAAUAACAAAAACAAAAGAAUAUUUUCAAAAGAUUAUAAUUUUAUCGUAUUUAAUUACAAUGCGAUUACAAGAGAAUUAAGGUUAAGAAAAUAUUCUGUUUUUUUCUUCAACUUUUGUAACAGUUUGGAGGCUUCUGUAGAACUUCAAUAAAAAUACGACAUUUUUAUAAUAUUUUUCAAAAUGUGCCGUUUACGUUCUCAUUUCUCUGAAAUUUUCUAUUUAUCUUUUCCUUUAAAAAUUAAUUUACUGAAUUCGUUCUAUGUCUUCUGUUCCCUUCGUAACAUAUUUCAAGUUUCUACAUUUCAUCUUGAUUCCUA